GAUCCCAGAUCUGGGUUUGAGAAAUCUGUCUCAACUUGGAGACGUCAAUUUUUGAGUCAAUCACACAAUAGUGUAAUCGAUUGUCAAAAUUGAAAUUAUUGUAACCGCUUGAAGAGAAUCGUAGCGAUGACAAAAUGCGGUGGCUAUGAGCUGCCUGGCUCAAUUGUCGAGAUUGGAUCUGGCUGCCGUAGCUAUCGCCUCCAAGGAACACCGGAAUCUGGUAGCGUCCCAUGCUCUCGGACACUUGAGAUGGCGGAUGGGUUGCACGGAGCCAUCUCUGUACGUAUAUUUGCACAUGUUUCCAGAUCCAAGCCCGCAGUGGUUCAUCCUCCACCCCGUGCAACGUCGGCUGAAACGGGUCUUUUCGAGAUUAUGCCCCUCAACAUCCAGUGGAGUGUGGUGACAGACAAGAAGGAGGUUUACGUGGUGGAUGAGGAUGGUGACAACUUGUCCCUUUCACCAGGUAAAUGUGUGUUUGUGGCAACCGGGAAAACAGAUUCUGAGCCACAGUACAGAACCGAUUGGUGUUGCUUUGGGUCGUCAUUCUUUUUCUGCGGUGAUACCCGCGGGAGGAUACUUUGGUGUUUGCCAGAUGAGUUGGAUUGGAAGCAAGUCAAGGGUUUAGAAGAGCUCUCUGGUUAUGAUAUCUGCAAACUCUGCUGCAACUCUGCUUGGAGGAUUUUCAUCUUCUGGAAAGCGCCGCUGACUUUGGAGCUUUGUGUCGUCUAGUUCAUCUUCUUGUCGAUUAAUAUUUUUAAAGUCUAUCUAUGCUUUCAAUUCUGUUUCUGGGUAUUUAGAAUGAUGAAUGCCUCUGUUCCUCUAUUUAUUCAACCAAACACACUUCAUGAGCUACAACAAAUUUAGAUUUGAGGA